GAUUGGACCACCUGAAUCACAUGAUAUGGAGGGGAUUGGAACACCUGAAUCACAUGAUAUGGAGGGGAUUGGAACACCUGAAUCACAUGACAUGUAGGGGAUUGGAACACCUGAAUCACAUGAUAUGGAGGGGAUUGGAACACCUGAAUCACAUGAUAUGGAGGGGAUUGGAACACCUGAAUCACAUGACAUGGAGGGGAUUGGAACACCUGAAUCACAUGAUAUGGAGGGGAUUGGAACACCUGAAUCACAUGAUAUGGAGGGGAUUGGAACACCUGAAUCACAUGAUUGGGAGGGAUUGGAACACCUGAAUCACAUGAUAUGGAGGGGA